AUGACGCCAGGCAUUCAGUUUCUUCCUCCAGAACCCAUAAAACUCGUGGAUGCAAGCGAGGCCGCAGAUAGCGACUGUGAGAGCAAUAAUAGCCAAAACUUACGUAUUACAGCAGUAGAUAUAAGAAUAUGCUCAGAAGUUACUGACACCGAUAUUAGGGCUCCUCUGAGGCAGAGCAGGUUCACAUUAUGGACUAUUAACAUCCAAGUUAAAACUAAAGACGGUAGGCGAGUAAUACAGCUCCAAAAGCGCUAUAGCGAUUUUGUGCGUUUCAGAGAGCGCCUGCUACUCAAAUUACCACGAAGGCUACUUGGGUAUAUACCUGAUCUACCGCCAACAGUCAAAUGGUAUGAUGCAUGGAGGUACAACGACGUUAAUUUUGAUAAGUGUUGGCUUGCAAAUAGAAGAGCCGGUCUUCAGUAUUUUCUGAACCAGGUAUUUCUGAACCCCGUGAUCCUCAAAAACGCAUCCGCGGUAUUCCAGAAGUUUUUAGGGACUGAUAUAGACGUCCAAGCUUUCGGUCAAAGACUUAAACAGCAUAUAUCGUAA